ACUGGGCACAAGUUGUUAUGUGUAUCGAUGAUAGAUAACAGUCCUCUCUGAAACUCAUCAUGUGCAACACAGCGAUCGUCAGACAAACAGACAACUACAUCAAAAACGACAACAGCACCAACAACAAACACAGAACAGAUCAUCACAGACUUAACACCCACUGGUUCAAUUUUAUUUCACAGUGACAUGCCUGUUAGUCAGAAACGAAAGGUCUGUUUGUUCUGACGAAACGAAAGUGACAGAGCAUUUAAAUAGCAGCUUCCUGAACUGAGAAGCCAGAGCCUGCGAGCAGCAACAGCAAAGCCGAAACUAGACUGAGCCGGAUGUAUUAGCGAUAAUAACAACAAAUAUGCAUUUUUAAAGCUUUAUAUAGACUAUUUAAUGUCCAGUGGACUUCAAUCUGGAAAUCAUCUGUGUUACCAUCUUAAAUUUCAACAACUACCACAUGUAUUACCAUGGAAAGACUGACGGGGAGAAGAGGACCUAAUGAUCCUGGCAACGGCCAAAAUGAUAACGCCCGUGAAGGCAGAGGGAGAAGACGGGGAGGUGCACAGGGAGACAGGGGGAGAGGAACAGAGGGCAGAAGAACACAAAGUCGUGGGAGUAGUCAAGGUGAAAGGGAGGAAACAAAUGGACAAAGAGGAGGAGGAGGAGGAGGAGGAGGAGGUGAAGGGAUGCGUGGGAGAGGGAGAAGAAGAGGAGGUGGAGCAGACCCAGGGAGAGGAGGAGAAAGAGGUGCAGGAAGAGGAGGCAGGGAGGAGACGGGUGGAGGAAGAGGAGGUGGAGGUGAAGGGGUGCGAGGCAGAGGACGAGGAGGUGGAGGAGCAGCAGACUUAGGGAGAGGUGGUGGAAGGGAUGUAGGAAGGGGAGGCAGAGGGAGAGGAGGAGGGAGAGGAGGAGGCGGAAAUGGAGGGGAAGGGGCAGAGAGAGGGAGAGGUGGGGCAGGGCGAAAUGGAGAGCAAGGUGCAGCUAGAGGAAGGAGAGGGGGGCAUAGUGUGGACAGAAGAGGAGGUAGAGGCGGUGAGAGAAGAGACGGUGUGGGAGAAAGACAAGAGGGGAAUGGAGGGAGAUCAGUCUCUGUAGGCAGAGUCGGGCCUCCACAAGGCCGUAGACUGGGCCAUAAAACACUGGAAGAACUCUCUGAAAAAGACCCUUCUGUAGUGGCCAUCACCCUGUCCACUAACCCUGCCUUACAUGAUGUACUACGUGAGACAAACAUGAAGCGGGACCUUGUCGAACUCCUCAGCCUGGUGCUGAGUAAAGCCUUCAAAUCACGCUCAGACAGAGGCACUCUGCAGCACCUGGCUGGCAUCAUAAAAGAUUCAGGGUUCAUUCGCACUACCCUGCCCCACUAUCUGACAAGCAUGGUGUACGAGUUCAACCCUGUCCGCAGGGCACAGUACCCACAGUAUCUGGAAAACAUCCUGGUGAUUCUCUCAGAGGUGCUCAACAUCUUCCCUGCUAGCUCGGUCCAGGCUGUGAGUUUGUUACUGACACUGGUCCCAAACUCCAUCAACACCCUGAGGGCAUCAGGAGUGGACAUCCCGGCUCAAGUGGAGGAGAACAUGGAGAGUCUUCAGGGUCUAGUCAAUCAUCUCCAGGAGAGAUCCAGGGACGGUACCCUCCGCUCAGGCAGGGACACCUAUGCCCUCCUAAACACCGGUGGAGAUAACCCAGGUGGAGAAGAGCAUCAGGAUUUCAGGACCAUACCCAUCUACCCAACCCCUGAGGAGUUUCAUCAGAACCACAGGCCCUUUCUUAGACCCAACCUCACCUCUCAGCGCUACACAAGCACCCACCUUUACCUCGACACACACUUCCGACUGCUGAGAGAGGACUUUGUGAGGCCACUCCGUGAGGGGAUCCAGCAAUUGCUUCAGAACCAAAUGGACAUGGGGAGGAGUGAUAAACCACUGAAGACAAGGCGCUUUGAUGAUAUCCGAGUAUAUUUUGACACACGACUGGUGGUACCCAGGUGCACACAUGCUGGCCUCGCCUACACCGUCCAGUUUGACAUUCAGCCACUUAAGUUUGUGCGCUGGCAGAACUCCAAGAGGCUGAUCUACGGUUCCCUGGUCUGCCUGUCGUGUGAUAAUUUUGAGAGCUUCCUGUUUGCCACAGUGUCAGAUCGGGACCCCGCAGACCUGCAGAUGGGACAGGUCCAGAUUAUCUUUACUGAAGAGAGCAGAAUCAAAUUGGCCCGAAUUCAGAAAGAUCAGUUGUUCCUGAUGGUAGAGACCACUGCCUACUUCGAGGCCUAUCGGUAUGUUCUAGAUGGCCUAAAGGAGCAGAGAGAGGAUGAGCUACCCUUUCAGAGGUACAUCGUGGAGUGUAAUGCAGAUGUGCAACCCCCAGCUUAUCUGCAAAGAAAUGACACUUAUGACCUGUCAUCUGUGGCUAACCCUGAAUGUAAGGACAGCGUACGGCCCUUUCACAGCCUGCAGGCAGAGGCCUGGCCGAGAAUGGAGGAGCUGGGGCUGGAUGAGUCUCAGAUGAAAGCCUUCCAGCUGGCCCUCACUAAGGAGUUGGCCAUCUUACAGGGACCUCCUGGCACUGGAAAAACCUACGUUGGACUAAAGAUUGCUCAGGCUCUUUUGACCAAUCGGGAUCUUUGGAGAAAUCGAUAUGGCAACUCUCCGAUGCUGGUAGUGUGUUACACUAACCAUGCUCUGGAUCAGUUCCUUGAGGGUAUCCAUAAAUUCCUGCCGACGGGCAUUGUGCGAGUGGGAGGCCGCAGCAACAGUGAGGUCCUGAAACGUUUCAAUCUCAGGGAGCUGAUGCACUCACAUGACUUCAGACGAACGCUGCCACCUUAUCUGCGUGGUGCGUUUAAUGAGAUUUACAAGCAGCUGUGUCAGGAAGAGAGGGAGAUUCAAAAUCAAAGUGUGAAGCUUGAGUGUUCUCUGAAAGGCAUUCUGCGUGAAACCUUUCUUCAGAGGUUCAUUUCAGACAGACACUGGAACAGUCUGCAAGAACCACUUAUGGAGGAUGGUUUUGAGACCCGGAAUAAGAAGCCCAGUCUGAUUAUGGAGUGGUUGGGUUUGGGUUCCACCGCCUUCCUGCAGAGGGAGACAGAGAGUGCAAAUGACGAUAUAGCAGCAGAAGAACCAAUGGAGCAGGAGGAAGAGGACCUCAUUGAAAUCGCAGAGGAGGCAGAUCUGAUCCAGGCGGAGAGGAUUAUUGAUGACAACAUUGUUCCCAGAGGUGGUAGAGAUGGCAGAAAGAGGGAAGUCAUGGAGGAUACUGUCAGAGAAGUGCAAGAACUGAUGCUGGCUAUGAACCUGGAUAAAGCUGAAAUAAAGGCUGAGCAGAGUGAGGAAGGAUGGGAGAUACAACGGGAGCAGAAGAGAAAGAUAAAGAGCAAAAUCAAGAAAGAGCUGGGGAAGACCACGGCUAUGACUGAUGAGGAGGAAGAGAACGUCUUGGAUAUUUGGACCCUUAAUUUGCCCGACCGAUGGCGACUCUAUAGGUUGUGGGUAGCACGCUACAGAGUCGAGCUUCGCACCAGAGCUCUGGAGUCUGAGCAGGCCUAUCAGAGCGCAGUGGACAGAUUGGCUGAUGUGAAACGUCAUGAGAGCCUCUGUCUCCUCAAGGAAGCCACGGUUAUUGGAAUGACAACAACAGGGGCGGCCAAGUUCCGUAAGACUCUACAGGAAGUUCGUCCAAGUCUAGUGAUUGUAGAGGAGGCUGCAGAGGUUCUGGAGGCCCACACCAUCACCACAUUGAGUGAAGCAUGCCAGCACCUCAUCCUCAUUGGAGACCACCAGCAGCUGCGCCCCAGUGCCACAGUAUAUGAACUUGCGAAGAACUUCAAUCUGGAGAUGUCCAUGUUUGAGAGGCUGGUGAGGAUGGGACUCCCUUUUGUCAGACUCAACUACCAGCAUCGUAUGAGGCCAGACAUUGCCCGUCUUCUGACCCCACACAUCUACUCAGAGCUGGAAAACCAUCCCUCUGUAUUGGACUAUGACGACAUCAAGGGCCUUAACAGCAAUUUAUUCUUUGUGGAGCAUAACAACCCAGAAGAAGAGAUCAAAGAUGGGAGAAGCCAUCAGAACCAACAUGAGGCCAAGUUUGUAGUUGCUCUUUGCCGCUAUCUUCUCUUUCAGGACUACAAACCAGAACAAAUUACCAUCCUAACGACGUAUACUGGCCAGCUCCACUGUCUGCGCAAUCUUAUGCCUGCCAAACAGUUCUCAGGGGUCAAAGUGCAUGUAGUUGACAAGUACCAAGGAGAAGAGAAUGACAUUGUCUUGUUGUCUCUGGUCCGCAGCAACAGGCAGGGUAAAGUUGGCUUUUUGAAUAUCCCCAAUCGUGUCUGUGUAGCCUUGUCCCGUGCCAAGAAAGGGCUCUACUGUAUAGGCAACAGUGCAAUGCUAGGUCAAGUCAAACUGUGGAGCAAUAUCUUCCACACUUUGAGGGAGAAGGACCAGGUUGGGAAGGCUCUGACCCUGUGCUGUCAGAAUCAUCCAAAUCGACAAGUAAAAGCAUAUUGUGCUGAUGAUUUCCAACAAGCCCCUGAGGGGGGCUGCACCCAGCCUUGCGAGUUCCGUUUGGAUUGUGGCCAUGUUUGCUCAAGAGUCUGCCACCCCUACGACCCAGAGCACAAGGAAUACAAGUGUGGCAAGAAGUGCCAGAAGAUUUUAUGUGAUCUGGGACACAGGUGCACAUUGGUUUGCUAUAAAAAAUGCCCAGAGAAAUGUCCAGUGAAGGUUGAAAAGAUCAUACCCCAGUGUCAACACAAGCAGAUGGUUCCUUGCCACCAGGACCCGCAGACAUUUGCGUGCCAAGAGCCUUGUCAGAAAAUGCUGCGGUGUGGACAUCCAUGUGAUUCAACCUGCGGGGAACCAUGCACCAAUAUGUGCAAGGUAAAGGUCACCGUAAAACUUAGGUGUGGUCACAGACAGCAAGACGCUUGCUUUUAUAACACUCAGGAAGAGGGGCCUGAAUGCAGGACCCCUUGUGAGCAUCAGCUAAAAUGCGGCCAUGCCUGUCGUGGUACUUGUGGCAAGUGUUAUCAGGGACGCUUCCACUACCCUUGUUUACACCAGUGUGAGCGUCUCCUGAUUUGCUCUCACAAGUGCAGGGAGCCUUGCACUCGUGAUUGCCCCCCCUGUCGGAGACAAUGUGAGAAUUUCUGCAUCCACAGCAAGUGUAUGAAGCCAUGUGGACAGCCCUGUGCUCCGUGCAUCGAACCCUGCGCUUGGCAAUGCCCUCACCAACGCUGCAGUAAGCUUUGCUAUGAGCCAUGUGAUCGUCCGCCAUGCACCCAACCCUGUGCCGAGACCCUGGAUUGCGGCCACCCAUGCAUAGGUCUUUGUGGAGACAAAUGUCCAAGCAAAUGUCGCAUCUGUGAUAAUGAUGAGGUCACAGAGAUUUUCUUUGGCACUGAGGAUGACCCUGAGGCUCACUUCAUUGAGCUAGAGGACUGCAGGCACAUCAUUGAGUACACAGCCAUGGACAUAUACAUGGGGCUGGAUGACAAUGAGCAGGCAAAUGGAGAAGAGAAGGUGGCUAUAAAACUGAAGGAAUGUCCAAAGUGUCGAACUCCAAUCCGCAAGAAUCUACGCUAUGGAUCUCACAUCAACCGCAGCCUAGCUGAGAUUGAGAUGGUUAAGGAGAAGAUAAUUGGGAAUCAGGAAGAUAUAAAAAAGCACAAGAAGGCCCUUCAAAAACAGUGGAAGGACAACCUUGACAUGUGUGGCAUGCAGAAAGAAUAUAUGAAUAUCCAAAAAAGACUGGAGACACGCUAUCUCACAGCAAAUGACUUGUGGGUCGUGGAAAACAAGAUGGAUUUCCUAAUAAGAGUUGCAAAACUUCUGAAGAUCAAAAAUGAAAAAAUGUCAGUCCUUCAAGGCUACAAGUUUGAGAAGACUGUCGAGGAGUUUGUGCACUGGCUCAACAGCUACCAACAAAAAUUCACAGACCAGCAGGUCUUUGAUUUGCAGAGGGAGCUACGGAGACUCACCCUCCUGGCUGAAUUCAAUGCCUGUCGCCAUAUGGCAAAAGAAAGAGGACAAAGUGACAAAAUUCAAUCCGAGGUCCAAACAAUAAAAAAAGUUUUGGAAAAGCUGGGCCAAUUCACUGAGCAAGAUGAAGAAAGAGUGAAAGACAUCAUGAAGGAGCUGAACCAAAAGGUUCCACUCACAGGCUUGAGGAUCAGUGAAGAGGAGAGACAGAUGAUCGUCUCGGCUAUAAAACUGCCACCAGGACACUGGCACAAAUGUCCUAAUGGCCAUGUCUAUCUCAUAACAGACUGUGGGGGGGCUAUGCAGAGUCGAACCUGCCCUGAUUGUGAUGCUACCAUUGGUGGGGCCAAUCACAGACUGGCCAGUGGCAACCAGGUUGCCUCAGAGAUGGAUGGAGCACAGCACCCUGCUUGGUCUGAAGCCAACAACCUUCUAAACUUUGAUCCACUUGACUUAUGAAAGCCAAAGUCUGUGGUUUUAGUUGCCUUCAGUCCCAACUGUUAGUUGCAAAACCUGUGAAUGGCAGGUUAUGGCUUUACUAUAAUAAUCAGUUUUAUUCAUACUGGAUUCUCUAUUGUUCUCCAUAAAAAAUACUGUAUUCACAUUAAUUUAAGGGAAAUAAAGAAGUUUUCUAUUUCUGUUCAUGGCAAUCAAUUCACCUGUAAGAUGGAUGGGGCAGAGCACUUUGCUUGAGAUCACAAUCUUCUUGCAUGAAAUUGACUUUUGACACCCUUUAUUGAAAAUACAGACUUGUGUAUUAAUACAGUAGCAAUAAUCUAUGAUACUUUUAUAUCAACAAGUAUUUACUUUGCUCUCUAUCAUGAACUGAUAUGAAUAGCGUGGACUUCCAGUUCAUGAGAGUUUUGGCAUGUGCUGUUCAAAACAUAGUGGAUAGUGGUUUUGUUUUUAAAAAUAUAUAUUUUGCAGUUUGUCAAAGAGUAAGUGUUGGAUAAUAGCUUGCUGAAUGAUUGGUCAAAUAUUAACUGUAACCUCAGAUACUGUAUGUUCAAGGCUCCUGUGUAAGUUGUCCUGUGCCUUAACAAUAGGUGGCAGUAAAUCACUGUAAAAGAACAACAUGACUUGAUUGUUAUCAUGCUUGCAAUUUGCUCAAAUAUAAUAAAAGUAUCUGAAUCUA